GGCACCAUGGUGUCAUUUCACAGUUUGGGCCUCCUGUGGCUCGGAGCGCAAUGUGUUACAUCGGCCUCUGCGCAUACGCAUAAUAGCCAUGGGCACUUCCAUCAGCGCCACGAGCGACAACAGUCGUCACAUCUGGCUGCCUCUAGUCACGCUUUUACAAUGGGAGGAGGGCCUGCGACGACCGUCUCGAUUCCGCGCAAGCCGGUGGGAACCAGCCCGCCCUUGCCUCCCGGAUCACCUCAACCGCCGCCCGCAUACAUGCGGGAUAAUGUCAACAACUUCUUCGGAAGUGCGCCGGACCAAGGAUCAAUGACUGGCCCGGUCCUCACGCCGCUCAAUGCCACGGCCGAUGCAAAGAUGCACCACGCUCGUCGCUCGACUGACGACUACUGGCUAUCGAGUCUCGGAUCAGAUGGCUCCUCCCCCUUUGCCCCGUCCGGAUACCAGUUCUUCCGGAACGUUAUGGACUUUGGAGCCGUCGGAGACGGCGUCACCGACGACACGGCGGCCAUCAACCGCGCGGUCGCCUCCUUCAGCGCCUCCGAUGAUUCCACCCUGCGCUGCGGCGAGGAUUGUGGCUCCUCCUCCACGCUGGGCGCCGUGGUCUACUUCCCCGCGGGCACAUAUCUCAUCAGCACGCCGAUCGUGCAGUACUACUAUACCCAGUUCGUCGGUAAUCCGAACAGCAAGCCGGUCAUCCAGGGAUCGGAGAACUUCACGGGAAUUGCCCUGUUUGACUCGGACUUCUACAUUCCCGGGGGAAACGGCUCGGAGUGGUACAUCAACCAGAGCAAUUUCUACCGCCAGAUCCGCAACUUUGUCUUCGACAUGACCAGCAUGAACUGGACCAACACCGACAACAACCAGACCUACGUGCCGGCCGGUGUGCACUGGCAGGUCGGCCAGGCCACCAGUAUCACGAACUGUGACUUCAAGAUGGCCGUUUCCGCUGCUGGCCAAGCUGCCACGGCUGUGGGGAUCUACAUGGAGAAUGGCAGUGGAGGAAUGGUCUCGGAUCUGACAUUUACGGGAGGAAACAUCGGAUUCCUCGCGGGCUCGCAGCAAUUCACCGCGAUCAACCUGCAGUUCACCUCCUGCCUGACGGCGAUCAAGUCCGUCUGGAACUGGGGAAUCAACUGGAAGAACAUCUACGUGUUGUCGUGCUACAUCGCCAUCGAUGCUACCGAGUACUCGGGGACCGGCGACCAGGGAACCGGGUCGAUCUCGGUCGUUGACUCUCACUUCAACGGCGUGCCCUACGGCAUUACGGUGGCACAGAAGGAUGGCUGGCAGCCCCAUAUCGUGUUGGACAAUCUGCUGGUCGAGAAUUCCGCUGCGGUGGUCAUGAUCAGCGGAGGCGACACCAUCCUUGAAGGGUCCACCGACGCCUUGUACUUCAACUCCUGGUCCAUGGGCUACCGCUACCUGCCUGAUGGCUCCGGUGGCAAGCAGACCGGCUUCCUUGAUCCCGCGCCGGAGAAACCGGAGGCCCUCCUCGACAGCUCGGGGGCUUACUAUCGCCGGGCCAAGCCGCAGUAUGAGAGCGAGACCCCGAUCGUCGCAACCAGCAAUGGAAUCUCCAAUGAUGGAACCGGUGAUCAGACGGCUGCAAUCAACAGUCUCCUAGCGAGCAAUGUGGGCUCCGUGGUGUACUUCCCUGCUGGUGUAUAUCUUGUGGAAGAUACCGUCAAGGUGCCGGUUGGAAGUAAGAUCAUUGGAUCUGGAUGGAGUCAGAUCAUGGGCACGGGGUCUGCCUUCGAGGACGAGGAGAGCCCCAAGGUCAUGGUCCAGGUCGGUGAGGAAGGUGAUGAGGGUGUCAUCGAGAUCACAGAUAUGCUUUUCACGGUCAAGGGUCCUACGGCUGGUGCUGUCUUGGUGGAAUGGAACGUCCACGAAAGCACCCAGGGUAGCGCUGCCAUGUGGGACAGCCACUUCCGCGUCGGAGGUACCACUGCCAGUGACUUAGGGCUGGAUAACUGCCCCACCGGAGCCGGAGUUAGCAAGGACUGCAUGGGAGCUGCUCUCUUGAUGCAUGUCACCUCGUCUGCUUCCGGCUAUUUUGAGAAUGUCUGGGGCUGGGUGGCUGAUCACGAUCUCGAUAGCAAGUUGAACGCGGCUGCAUCCGAGAGCACUGCCGGAAUCCCGUUGAAUGUGCAGACUGAUGUUUCCGUCUACGUGGGUCGUGGGUUCUUGAUCGAAUCCCAGGGCCCGACCUGGCUGUAUGGCACCGCCAGUGAGCACGCGCAGAUGUACCAGUACCAGCUGGCCAAUGCGGCCAACGUCUACUUGGGACACAUGCAGACCGAGACUCCCUACUACCAGCCUUCCCCCGACGCCACAGGGCCAUACACGGCUGGGGUGGGUAACUUUGCCUCGGAUCCAACCUAUGACAACUGCGACGAAGACGACUCUUCCUGCAGAGGGGCUUGGGCUCUGCGGGUGAUCAACUCGACUGAUGUACUAAUUUACUCGGCCGGAUUCUAUUCCUUCUUCCAGGACUAUGAUGAGGGUUGCAUCGACACGGAGACCUGCCAGCUGGCCCUUGUCGAGACCAACUACGCCGAUGGACUGUACAUCUACAACCUGUUUACCAAGGGUAACGAGCAGAUCGUAAGCCCAGACGGCAGCCUUGCUCCGCUGAUGUUCAACGACACGACGCGCAACGGCUUCACCAGCGAGAUUGCCGCGUGGCUGGCACUCUCCACCGGCGGCUCAAAUAUCGGGUCCAACGGCAACGAUUCGGGCAUUGUCUACAUUGACCCCAUUAUCUGGACCGAGUCAGACAAUGACACUAUUGUCCAAUGCUAUCCCCCGUGCACCUACGUGCUGCCGCCCACCACUUUGUCUUCGGCCACGACCUUUGUCUAUCCGACCCUGACAACCGAGAUCGGUGUUGGGUAUCAGGUGCCGUAUACCUUUACAUACAACGGGACCAUCAGCACAACCACCUCAUAUAUCAUGUCCACGACCACUUCCACAAUCACCAUCCCGGAUGUGGUGACGUCUAUCGUGCCCUUCUAUAACGUCCCGAUCGGUAACGGCACAACUUCCACCGUUAUCACGCCGGAGCCCAGCAUCAUCCAGACCGCAUUCAACAUCACCUGGCCGGCCAUGACCUACAACGGAAGCAUCUACUCAAGCACCGUGGUACCCUUCUACCCCCCUCCCUGGCCCGGCACGACCGUCCCAUCGGACGUGCCCACUUCAGCGACCGAGCCAACAAAGACAACGACCUCGUCCACAACCACGGCUGUUGGGAUAAUCAUCCCCCCCGGAGGCACGCACCACGUCACGCACCACCGUGGCGAACCCAAGCCCAAGUGUACCAACAGGGCCGUGUGUGGUGAGAGCUGCCAUGAGGGGAUCUUGGGAGGCUUGAACGCCAUCUUCAAUGUUUGUGAGCAUUGCUGGACUAACUGCGGAGGAGGUAAAUCGCCGAACAAAAACGGCAAUGACCCUAACAGACCGAAACCUGUGCCCACCGGCACCCCGGGCGACGAGGACGAGGAAUGCGAGACCUCGACCUACAGCUCCUGCAACGUGGCCUGCGUGACCCAGGCCUCUACGAGCUCCUGCUCUACCUCGUGCAAGGCAGAUGUGGUCGGCUGCGACACCACCGCCACCACAACCUCGGACAUCUACUCGGCCGCCCCCGUGCUCCUCGGAGGCGUCGAGCCGUGGGACGACUACAACGACGACAUCUACACCGCCGACUGGGAUGCCGCAUGGUCCAUCUACAGCGCCUACGGAACAGCCACAGCCGCUCCCGGGGCAGCGACGACCACGACGGGGCCCACGGCCACAGCCGGACAGCCCAGCACCACGACCGCCACGACCACC